UUUUCCAUUACUCUGUUUUGGUUCCACAUUUUUGUUAUUUUGCCGUCGUGACAACUAUAUAAAAUUAUCUAAAGUCUAAAUCUUUAGCACAUGAACAGCAAAAUAGAUUGAAAGAUCACUUUCUUUUGUUCUCUCAAUCUUCUUGUGGGGUUUUCUAAUUGGAGUUCGCUUAGCUCUGAAUCUUGUCUAUAGGGCCUUCUAAUGGAGCCAAGUACGACCACACUAAGAAUGGAAUACUCUAGAGACUCGGCAGGGGUGAUGAUGGCGAACAAGCGCAAUGUCUGCUCUCUUGAAGAAAACAGCAUUAAACGACACAAGUCCGAUCUCUCUUUCUCUUCCAAGGAGAGGAAGGACAAGUUGGGAGAACGUAUCUCAGCUCUUCAGCAACUAGUUUCCCCUUACGGAAAGACCGACACUGCAUCAGUUCUUCUAGAGGGAAUGCAAUACAUUCAGUUUCUUCAAGAACAAGUCAAGGUUCUAAGUGCUCCAUAUCUGCAAGCAACACCUACUAGUACACAGGAGGAGCUGGAAGAGUACAGCCUAAGAAGCAGAGGAUUAUGUCUUGUUCCAUUGGAGUAUACAUCAGGGGUUGCUCAAACCAAUGGUGCUGACAUCUGGGCUCCUGUGAAGAAGGCUCCAACAUCUCCUCAUGCUUUCAGUCUCUCGUCUUCUAAUUCGCCCUUUCGAUGAUUACUAAUAAAACCUCUGUCUCAAGAAGACUAAUGAAGAAAAAGCCAAAAUGUUGGUAUGAUAAAGUCUAUGUAACAUAUAUUGAUGGAGAGACCCAUGAAGUUGGCUCAUAGUCACUGAUGGAUGUUUCUGUUACUUAAUCCCCAACUCUGUAGCGGUUUCCCAUUAGUUGGACUUGCAUAAUUUGUUUCUACUUUAGUAACCAUUGAUUUUUAAUGCAAAGUUUUUAACUUCCUAGAA